AUGGCACCACUGACAGAGCAUCAUCACCGGAACACCACCAAGAUUUCCCACAAACCAUUCAAGUCGCGGCAUGCCACCAAGAGCCUGAUUCGAGAUUUGGCCAAAGGGAAAGUUGAGGGCACGGAGGUAAAGCCCAACAGGAAGACACCUCAUCAGCAAAUCAUGUCCAAAUUUGACAGGAAGAACCAAGCCCGCCAAAUAAGGCAGACAAAGCACCAACAAAAUGUCAAGUCCUCGAGUGUCUUUGCUGGACAGAAUGGGGCACCAAGGGUCAUCGCGGUUGUACCCUUGUGUGAAGAUAUGAACGCAGUAGCUGCAAUACAUAAAUUAAAUCAAGCGGUGGAUGCAGAGUCCCUCUGGCCGCUGGAAGGGCAUAUGAGAGUCCGAGUGGAUCGUUUCAAGCAGAAUCUGGUAUACGUGCCGGUUGAACGAGACCUCAUGACUGCUCUUGAUGCAUGCCGGUUGGCAGACUUUGUAAUCUUCCUAUUGUCACCUACAGAGGAGCCUGGGGAGGAGGGAGAGCUACUGCUCAAAAUGAUUGAAGGCCAAGGCGUGUCAAAUGUGCUUACGGUGGUGCAGAAUCUUGACACCGUCGAACCAGCCAGAAGGCGGCCGCAAGUUGUUACCUCUUUGAAGUCCUACAUUACCCAUUUCUUCCCAAACCAGGAGAAGGUUCUGUCACUGGAUGCGGAAAGCGAGUGCUCUAAUGUUAUCCGCUCUCUGUGCACUACGACACCAAAAGGAGUCAAAUGGCGAGAAGACAGAAGCUGGAUGCUGGUGGAGAAUGUGCAAUGGCCAAGCAACCUCGUUGAAGCUAGUACUGAAGGUGAAGUAGUCGUUACGGGAGUUGUACGUGGAAAGGGACUCAAAGCCAACAGGCUUGUACAAGUAGGCGAUUGGGGCCAUUUUCAGAUCGAGAAGAUCACAGAUGCAACACUCCCUAUAUCAAAAAAACGAAAAGCUGACGAAAUGGCGAUUGACGAGGCAAAGAACGAUGAGGUUCUUGAGGCGCCAGACGCAGAACAGGAGGACCUUGCAGAGCUUGCACCUUAUGAGGCUACUAUGAAAGAUGUCGAUGCUCUUUCGGCUUCAGAAGCGCCUACUGAGAAACGAGGAGUCCUUCUUGAUGAUCAUCAUUACUUCUCAGAUGACGAGACACAUUUGCCGGAUGCACCCAAGCGUUUACCCAAAGGCACUUCGUCUUACCAAUCGGCGUGGUUUCUAGGUGACGUGUCUGAUUCUGGCUCAGACUUUGAGGAUGCAGUAGACGAUGAAGGUGAUCUGGAUAUGGAAGCAGCAGCGUUACCUCAGGACGGGCUUGAAGGGUUCGACAAAGCCACACCCAAAGAGCCUACCGAAGCAACACCCUCUGAAUACCCCCAAUCCGAGAUGUUUCUGGAUCCGUCACCAGAUGACGAAGCUGCUCAAUUGGCAGAGUACAGAGCUCAGCGAAAGAUCGAAGCCAACGAAGAUCUCGAAUUCCCAGAUGAGAUCGAGCUUCAUCCUAAUGUGCUCGCUCGAGAACGACUUGCACGGUACAGAGGCCUGAAAAGCUUGAGAACGAGCCAUUGGGAGACGAGCGAAGACCGAGCACAUGAGCCUGAGGAGUGGAACAGAUUACUUCAAGUGCCUGACUACAAGAGAGCGAAGAAGCAAGUCGACAAUGACUCUCUAGUGGGCGGUGUACAGCCUGGCAGACGGGUUCACGUACAUUUGCGCAACGCGCCCCUUGUUCUCCAGCAAUCACACAAUCCUACACGGCCGUUGGCUCUCUACUCGUUUCUGCAGCACGAGCAGAAACGAACAGUGGUCAACUACAGCGUCACACUGAGCUCUGACCAUCCUAGCCCGCUGCGAUCGAAAGACCAGUUGAUCCUGCAGUGCGGCUCUCGUCGGUUUUUCAUCAAUCCAAUGUACUCUCAAUCUGGUAAUACCCCCAACAAUGUUCACAAGUUCCUGCGCUACCUCCACCCUGGCCAGACCGCCAUCGCAUCCUUCAUCGCACCGAUCACCUGGGGUUCUGUUCCUGCGCUUUUCUUCCAACCAUCGGUUUCCAUACCUGGCACACUUCUUGGCUUGGUAGCAACGGGCACCUCGCUCCCUGCCUCCACUUCGCGUGUCAUUGCCAAGCGUGUCAUAUUGACUGGGCACCCGUACAAGAUUCACAAGAAGCUUGUCACUGUUCGGUACAUGUUCUUCAACAAAGAAGACGUACAGUGGUUCAAGGCUCUGCAGCUGUGGACGAAGCGAGGGAGGAGUGGCUUCAUCAAGGAAAGUCUCGGAACUCAUGGGUAUUUCAAGGCUACCUUCGAUGGUAAGAUCAAUCCCCAGGACGCAGUAGGUGUAAGUCUGUACAAGAGGGUAUGGCCUAGAGAGGCUAGGCCGUGGACUGAGGCGGAGACAAGCAGUGGGUCUCAAGAAGAGGAAAUGCCUCCGGUAGGCUAG